AUGACUGAUCUCGUGGAAGAAAACUGCAGGAAAAGCAACGCUUCCCAGGAAACAUCUGCAGAAAAAAAUAUGUCUCGUGCUGAGGACUGCUCAAUAAGACUCAAAAAUUUGCAAAAACUCGAGAACCAAUUAAAAUCCUUAGCCUUUCAAAAUCCAGGACCUCAGGUAGCUGACUUCAAUCCUGAAACUCGACAGCAGAAAAAGAAAGCAUGCAUGUCACAGAUGAAACAAAAUUUUUUUUAUGAGUCCAGGUUUACAAAGAAGUAUGACAAACAUGGCAGGCUGCUUUGUAAUGACAUAGAUUUAUGUGAUUGCCUGGAAAUGGACUGUCUCGGUUGCUUCUAUCCUUGCCCCAAAUGCAACUCAAACAAAUGCGGGCCAGAAUGUCGCUGCAAUAGAAAAUGGGUUUAUGACACGAUUGAGACUGAAGCUGGGGAUGUGAUCAGUGAGCUACCAUUUUUUGUCCCUGACUGA